GCAGUGACACAAGGCUUUGGGAACAGCUUGAUUCAGAAGGACGUGAGCAUUAAGGAUCCACUUCCAAGUUAACAAAGAGUAAACUUUAAGUGAAGAUGCACCCAGAUCUAUCUCCACACUUGCAUACAGAGGAAUGCAACGUUAUCAUACAGCGCCUCAAACAGUGUCAUAGAGAACAUAGCUUCCUGAAGUUUUUGGGAAAAUGUAAUGAUAUUGACCGAGAGAUGAGGCGUUGCUUAGAACUAGAGGUAAAGGCUAAGAGAGCCAGAAGCAGAGAACACGCUGCCAGGAUGCAACGCCGACUGAAUUCAUCUUCUGAGUAACAGUUUCCUGUCAGGUGGAGUGCUCGAAUUCACUGGGCUGUGAACUGGCCUCUCAGAGCUGCCCAAGGCUACUUGGACAUUUUACAUAAACCAGUGUCAGUUGGACUGAUUUUUGUUGUUUCGAUAUUUUUGCAUUUCUCUGGCAAACAUAUUCUCAUUUUUGAUAUUUAUACCUGGCUGUUGGAUUGGUCGAGUGUUUAGAUCUUCCAUAAGCAGAUUGUUACAUGACUGCAGAGUUUAAGCAUUGCAGAUUUUCAUUCUGCUACAGUGGAACGUGUUGUCAUCACUCCCCUCCCAACCGACUAGGGAUGAACACUGGUACCACACUGACCCGCAGCUUAAACACAGACCAUUCUUACACUGACACCUGGUGGGCAUUGAAUAUGUUGCAAUGGAAGGGUGAUGUAUAAAUUUUUAACAACUUGAUCACGAUGGUUUGAAGAUUUAAGCUUUGGAGUAGGUAGUAAUUUUUAGAAGUUUCAAAUGAAUAAAAUUCAUGUUUUGAAUUUUUAAAAAAACUAUUUUGCAAAAUAAACUGGUACAAUGUCCACAGCACUGAAUGGAUUAUAAGAAUGAACAGAGAACAGUACAGCACAGGAACAGGCCCUUUGACGCACCAUAUCUGUGCCAACCAUGAUACCAUUCUAAACUAAUCCCAUCUGCCUGCACAUGGUCUGUAUCCCUCUAUUUCCUGCCUGUUCUGUCUGAAUGUUUCUUAAAUGUUGCUAUUGUAUCAGUUUUUACCAUCUUCCCUGGCAAUGCACUCUAGGCAUCUACCACCUACUGUUGUCAAAAAAAAAGACUUGCCUUGCACAUCUCCUUUUUUAAACUUUCCCAUCUCUCACUUCAAACCUAUGCCCCAUAGUAUUUUAAUAUUUCCACUUUGAGAGAAGUCUCUGACUAUCCACUCUAUCCAUGACUGUCAUAAUUUUACAUCUUUCUAAUAGUUCACCUUUUGAUGCUCUGGAGAAAACAAUCCAGGUUUGUCCAACUUCUCAUUUAUAGCUAAUACACGCCAAACCAAGCAACAUCCUGCUAGACUUCUCUUGACCCCACCCCCAAAGCCUCCACAUCCUUCCUAUGCUGGUGACUAGAACUGCACAUGCUAUUCCAAGUGUGGCCUAAUUAAAAUUCAGUCCUUCAAAGCUGUUCUAUCAAUUAGGUUCUGCCUAAUUUAUGUAUAACUUUGUUUAAUUUCCUCCAUUCCAUAAUCUCUCACUCCUCAUGCCUAGCAAUCUGUCAUUAAUUUUAAAACUUUUAAGUCCUCAUUUUAUCAAUUUCCACUGAUGUUGUGUAAAAUGCAUCAGUGACACAAACUGCUGAACAUUCUACUGUCCUUGGCAGAGGGGGGAGUUGAACUGGUCAGUCACAUCCAAACACCUAAUCUACUGUGUCCGAUGUGGUCUCCUCGACAUUGAGGAAACAGGACACCAACUUGCAGAAUGUUUCGGAGAACAUCUCCGGAACACAUGCACCGAUCAACCCCACUGCCCUAUGGCCGAAUACUUCAACUCCACCUUCACUUCCCCAAAGACAUGCAAGUCUGGGACCUCCUUCACUGUCAAAUCCUAGCUACCCAACACCUGGAGGAAGAACACCUCGCUUUCUGUCUAGGGACCCUCCAACCACACGGAAUCAACCUCAAUUUCACCAAUUUCCUCAUCUCCCUUUGGCCCAGAUCCAACCCUCCAGCUCUGCACUGCCCUCUUGAACUGACAUCCCUGUCCACCUUUCUUCCCACCUAUCCCCUCCACCCUCUCACCAUCACCCCCUGCCUUCAUCUACCUAUUGCCUUACAAGCUACCUUUCCCCAAGCCCCACCCCCUCCUAUUUACCUCUCAGCCCCUUUGGCCCCCACCUUCCUGAUGAAGGGUUUAUGCCUGAAAUGUCAACUCUCCUACUGCUUGGAUGCUGCCUGACCUGCUGUGCUUUUUCAGCGCCACACGUUUUGACAAUAACCAGGGACACAAUUUAAGAUAACGUGACUUUUGCCCAAGGGCUAUUGGCGGGGGUGGGGGGGCGGGGCUGGAGAAUUAUAGUUAGUUGGUUUAACCUGGUUUAUGAAAGGGUAGUGGAAGCUGAUUUUUAGCAAUAAUGGGGGAUAUUAGGAACAGGAGUAGGUCAUCAGCCCCUCAAGCCUGAUCCACUAUUAAAUAAGAUUAUGGCAAUAUCCCUUGAUACCCUUGCUUAAUAAAGAUUUAUGCCCCAGAUUUACAUUUAAUAUGAUUAACAUUGACCACCAUUUGAAGAAGAGUGUUUCAAACCUCCACUUUAUUCCGCAUUCCAUUAACUGCCUUGACUAUUUUCUGUACCUGCGUGUGGCAUUUUAAAGAGCUAGGCAUCUGAAGUCCCAAAUCCUGUUGGACAUCCACUGAAUUGAAUUUUGUGCCUUUUAAAAGAAUACCCUGCUCUAUCCUUUCUUUGUCUGAAAUGAUGACCUCAUGCUUGUGUAUGUUAAAAUCUAUCUUCCACCGUUUUGUUCCACUCACCAAAUCUAUCAAUAUUAUGUUGUAAUUCCAUGUUGCCCUCAAUGCUAUAUUGUUGCCCAACUUUGUCAUCAGCAAAUUUGGAUAUUUGACGUUUUAUGCCAUAUUCCAAGAUGUUAAUGAGUAUUGUGAAUAAUUGAGGCCAUGUCCUGCCAGUUAGAGUACUUAGCCAUUAUCCCAACUCUGUUUUCUGCCACUCAACCUAUUUCCUAUCCAAGUCAGUAAUUUGUCCUUCGUUCUGUGGGCCUCCACCUUAGCUAACAGUGUUUCAUGUCAGACAUUGGCAAAAAGGUGUCUGGAAGUCUGUAUAAACAACAUCUAUUAAGUUACCUCUGUCUAUCACCUUUGUUUCUUCAGUUUGUCGAGCACAACCUACCCUUCGUCAAUCCAUGCUGACUCCCCCUAAUUAACUGGAAUGUUUUAAGAUGAUCAAUUACUAGUCUUGAUUAUAGACUCAAACAGUUUCCCCACAAAAGAUGUGAGGCCAACUGGUUUGUAAUUCACUGGUUUCUCUCUCUCUGUCACCCUUCUUGCAGAGCAGAGUGACAUGACAAAUUUCCAGUCCGAAGACACAAUCCCUGCAUCCAGGGAACUCUAAAAGACUAUGGUUAGGGGAUCAGCAAUGUGUCUCCUUCCGUUAAGAACCAUGGAUGGAAGCUAUUAGGUCCUGGGGAUUUGUUGCUCUUCAGUUGCAUUAAUUUGCUUAAGCUAAUUUUAUUUAGAUCAUAUCCCUGAUUCUUUGAGAUUUCUGGCAAGCUGUUCUCUCUCUCUCUUUUUGCUGUGAAUAUUGAAGCAAAGUAAUAAUUGACUACCAUUUCUACAAGGUCAUUGACAAUGUCCCUGCCGUCAGCCUUCAGUGGGCCAAUAGUACUCUGAACCAGUCUCUUUUGCUUUUACGUAACUAUAAAAUCUCUUAUUGUUUUCUGUGUCCCUUGCAAGUUUCCUUUCAUAAUUCUUUUGUACUGGUCUUAUAAACCACCUUGUGGCCCUUUUCUUUGGCUUUGUAUUUAUUCCAUUCUGUUGUGAUCCAUACUGUGAGUUUUUAUAAGCUCUUUCUGUUAAUUUUACACUGUCCCUACCACCUCAGAUGUUCAUGGCUUUUUGUUUUGAGGUCAACCUUUUUUUCUUUUCCUUUUUCAUUGGUACAAACUACUUCUGCUGUUUUCUAAUACUCUUGUAAAUUCAGGAGUCAAUUGAAGAGUUCUAAAAACACAACAUAAUUUCAGUCUGGGAUAUGACUGUCCAAUAAUGAUAUCAGCUGGGAUCAUGACAUUUAGUUUUUAAAUAUAUUAAGUCAAAGUUGUUGAUAUUUUUGAUCUAUAACUCCACUUGUUAAAAGUCCGAUCCCCUUCUAUCACUACCCACCCAUGCUACAUACACACAUGGAAAUGGAUGGAAGAGGGGAAAAAGUACUGAGGAAUAGUUCAAUGAUUCCAAUCCCCAGAAUUUGAUGGAUGGUUUCCUAUUAGAUUUGCAAGUCCUUCAGUUCUCUGGUAUUUUCUUUUGGGUUCAUUCAGUGCUUCCCAGGAGGCACAGAGCAACUGGUUCAUAAAUGAUUAAAGUCUCUGAUUUUGCUAUUAAACUUUUAUCUUUAAACCACAA